AUGUCCCAACCAGACUCCCUCAGCCUCCAGGGCAAAGUCGCCCUCAUCACCGGAUCCGGCAAGACACGAGGCAUCGGUGCGGCCAUUGCCACUCUCUUGGCCCAUCAUGGCGCAUCCGUCGUCCUGAACUAUGUCUCGUCGUCCACGGCUCCCGCCGCCGCUGGGGUGGCAGAGACCAUCACCGCCGCGGGUGGCAAGGCCCUCGUCGUGCAGGCAGAUAUCUCCCGUCCGGAGGAGGCGCAGAGACUGAUACAGGAAGCUGUUGCUGCGUUUGGAAAGAUCGAUGUCCUAGUCAACAAUGCCGCUACCGGUGUCCCAGGGCCAGUCCUCAGUGCUACACCUGAGGCUAUGGCAACCACCUUUGCUGUCAAUGUCUUUGGUCCACUCUACCUCACACAGGCAGCGGUGGCGCACAUGCCGCCGUACAGCCGGGUGAUUAAUAUCGGGUCCGUGGCGUCGAAGCUGGGCGUGUCGGGAUCGCCGCUCUACAGUGCGUCGAAGGCGGCGAUGGAUGCGCUGACAUUUUCGAUGGCGAUGGAGUUGGGUCGCAAUCACGGCGGUAUAACCAUCAAUACCAUCUCCCCUGGCCCGGUGGACACGGAUGGUCUGCCCCCUCAUGUGGCGGAGAAAAUCAACAAGACAUUGGUUCCUCUCAGCCGGGUGGAGGAGAGACUAGGCACCGUGCAGGAUAUCGCGGAUGCGGUGCUGCUAAUGUGCUCGGAGAAGGGUCGGUGGAUAUCCGGACAGGUGAUCUCGGUUAGUGGGGGGAUUGUA